CUGUGUCCGGGAAGGGGAGGGACUCAGCCAGAUAACUCUUGAGUGUGCUUCUUACAGAGCUACAGGCUACACGUCGAUAGCUCCGUUAAAUGCUAAAUACAGCGUGGUUUGCCUAGUUCGUGUGGUUUAUGGUAGAUUUAAAGGGGCUUUUAUUUCACUGAGGUCCGUCAGCGAGCUGUUUGGCCUGGUCCCGCCUGCGCAAGCGGAGUAAAAAGCCCUACAGCGCAGGCUAAUGGCAUGACGGGCAUAUUACUACUAGCUGCUGUAAAGUCAAGUUGGCCGUGAACUUUGCCAUGUCCACGUCUUCAUUGCUUUCUCUAAGAAGCGGCACGGCUGUGCUUCGCUUAUUCAGAGCGAGACGAGGAGGAAAAGAGGCACUUUCGUUCGGACUUCAUGUGCCUGCUCGGCGCUACAUCAUAGACAUGUCCUACUCCGCGCACUUCAUGGAUUACCGAGGGACCUCUAUACCCGGCGCUAUGAAAAAGCUAGUAGUUACUAAGCUUAGUCCAGAUUUCCGAGAGGCUGUCUCCCUACAAACCGUGGCCGUGCCGACACCAGGAAACGAGGAGCUGCUCGUUAGAAAUCGUUUUGUGGGAAUCAACGCCUCAGACAUAAAUUACUCUGCUGGACGCUAUGACCCCACAGUGAAGCCUCCUUUUGAUGCUGGUUUUGAAGGGAUCGGUGAGGUCGUCGGCCUUGGCCUUAGAGCCAGCUCAGAGUACACCAUCGGGGAUACUGUGGCCUACUUCCGCAACGGGGCAUUUGCCGAGUACACAGUAGUGCCAGCCAAGGAGAGCAUACGUGUACCCUUAGUCAAACCUGAGUUCCUCACUUUGCUGGUCAGUGGAGCUACUGCUUAUAUUGCACUGAAACGUCUGGGAGAUCUGACCAAAGGUGAGACUGUGCUGGUCACAGCGGCUGCAGGAGGAACUGGACAGUUCGCUGUGCAGUUUGCAAAGCAGGCCGGGUGCCAUGUUAUUGGGACUUGUUCCUCUAAUGAGAAAGCUGGCUUCCUCAAAUCCAUUGGUUGUGACAGACCGAUCAACUACAAAGUGGAAAACCUGGGACAGACACUGAGGAAAGAGUACCCAAAAGGCAUUGAUGUGGUGUAUGAGUCUGUCGGUGGCAGUACAUUAGAGUUGGCAGUGAAUUGUUUGGCUAAAAAGGGAAGACUCAUAGUUAUUGGUUUCAUCUCAGGGUACCAGUCUGCUUCAGGGAUCCCAGCCUUUAAAGGAACCACGCUGCCGGUCAAGCUGCUGCAGAAGUCUGCUAGCAUGCGUGGUUUCUUCCUGCCUCAUUUCUUAAGCGACUACGGAGAGGCGCUGGCUAAAAUGAUGCGGCUGAUGGCCAAAGGGGAGCUGGUGUGUGAGGUGGACUGUGGGGAGUUGGUGGAGGAGGGGAGGUUCUCAGGACUAGAGUCAGUGUUUCGAGCUGUGGACUACAUGUAUGCUGGGAAAAACCUGGGCAAGGUGGUAGUGGAGGUAGCAGCUGCUGCACAGAGCAAUAGUAAAUUGUGAUUUAUUAUGUUGUUAAUGCACUGCACAAAUCGUACUUGAAUGAAACUGAUUGACAUAUUACUAUAAAAAUUAUAGCAUAACAUUUCAGAACCGCUCCCCUUAAGUGUAACAGUUAAAGACCAGUUACAAGUCAAGUCAUUGCUUCAAUAGUAGGAACUAAAUACAUAAAAUGCAAUAAGGUUUAAUCAUAAAUGUUUUAUAAAUUUAUACAAUUUGUUUGAUUAUAUGCAUAUGUGUUAAUUCAGUACACAAACUUUUUAGUACUGAAAUGUUGAUUCAUUGCAUUUUGCAUAUUCAUGUUUUAUGAAUAAUAUACUGUGAGUUACUCUGAAGUGCUGCAAUCCUGGGUCACCCUGUGGACCUCAAAUUUAUUUUUUUAAAUGAUUAUAUGAUAUAAUUUCACAUAAAUAAACACUACAAAUAAUUUCA